ACCUGCAUGUAGGAUUGAACUGUGGCUCCUCAGGGGGGUAUCUGAAAUAUUUUAAUCAUGAUCUUUCAGGCUAUUUUUGAUUCAAUGAACUUCACUAGUCGGCUGCUUUUUGGUUUUGCAUUGCUGCUUUUGACUGAUGUGAUGAAAAACUGGAAGCCUCACAACUUUCCUCCUGGACCCUGGGCUGUGCCUUUUCUGGGAAAUAUCUUCACUGGACUUGACUUUAAAACAGCAGAGAAGAAUAAACAGGAUCCCCAGGCUGGCUUCAACUUGGAAACGCUGGCAGUUUGCACCCUCGACCUGAUCGAGGCUGGAACAGAAACGGCUGCCACAACUUUACGUUGGGCCCUCGUACACAUGAUGAACUACCCAGAGAUACAGGAGAAAGUCCAGGCGGAGAUGGACAGAGUGAUUGGACAGUCUCGUCAACCCACACUGGCCGACAGACACAACCUGCCCUACACUGAUGCUGUCAUCCAUGAGAGCCAGCGGUUGGGAAACGUAGUUCCCAUGGGAUUCCCAAAAAUGGCCAGUAAAGACAGUACGCUGGGAGGAUACUUCAUUCCCAAGGUCACGGCUAUUAGUACGAGCCUUGCAUCUGUGCUGUUUGAUAAGAAUGAGUGGGCAAUUCCAGAUGUAUUCAAUCCCGAGCAUUUCUUGGAUUCAAAGGGCCAGUUCCUUAGAAGGGAUGCCUUCCUACCAUUUUCAGCAGGUAAACGUGUGUGUGUCAGGGAACAUCUGGCCAGAAUGGAGUUAUUCCUUUUCUUUACGUCUCUCCUCCAACACUUCACCUUCUCUGCUGUUCCCGGAGAAAUGCCCAGUCUGGAGGGUGUGAUGGGCUUCACUCAUGAAUUUUGA